CGUGUUUUGGUUUUUCUUCGCUGUAAAAAAAAAUGCCGUGCGUUGGAGGAUUUUCCGACUUCUGUGUGCCAUACACGACCAACCACAAUGAAUUGUUGGAAAUAGUGGAAACAUUGAUUAAUUUUGGUUACAAAAGUGUGGCAAUUGAGCAACAAUUUGAUCACACCGUGAGUGAAAAAAGUAAAUUUUCAAAACGAACAGGAGAUAUUUUUGAUGCUCCUGUAAAAUUGGAUUUUCUCGAUCAUUUAAGAGGAAAAAUUGAUAUUUAUUCCCGCCUCACAAUUAUUUACAGCGACAGUGCAAUAUCGCAUCAUAUGGGUACUUCUUCAAAUAUAAAAAAGUACGAUUUAAUCGCGGGUCUACCAACUACAGAGGCAAGUCUUCAGCACUGUUGCCAAACAUUUAACGGAGACAUUAUUUCAUUUCGUGUUGACGAAAAGUACAUAAAGUUCUCACGUAAAUUCUACAAAUUGGCCGUACAGCGGAAUAUGUUCUUUGAAAUCCAAUAUUCUCCGGCUAUUCUGGACCGAUCAGACCGUCGGUGUAUUAUACGUAAAGCCCAUGGAUUCUAUUCACUCGGAAAAUCACGCAACAUCAUCAUAUCCAGUGGAGCCACAAAUGCAUUUCACAUUCGCGGUCCAUAUGAUGUAGCGAAUUUAGGACUAAUCUUUGGGCUUAGCGAAGAACAAUCCAAGAAUGCAAUGAGAAGCAAUUGCCGUAGUACAAUUCUACGAGCUGCCGGUAGGAGGAAUGGCUGUACCGUUGUGGUAGUCAACAAGGAAAUUAAUGAGGAUUCUGAGAGUCAAUCUGAAGAAUCAGAGACAGAAGAAAUGAAUAUUGUGGAAACUCCAUGUAAAAAAUUAAAAUAUUCACCCUAAAAUAUAAAAAAAUGAAAUAAAAGAUA